CCCGUCGCGGCUUGCUGCUCCUCCCUCGAUCGCCGCCCAAGAGAGCGGAGCCGGAGCCAUGAAGGAUCGGACGCAGGAGCUGCGCACGGCUAAGGACAGCGACGAUGACGAUGACGUCACUGUCGGAGUGGAUCGGGACCGCUUCAUGGACGAGUUUUUUGAGCAGGUGGAAGAGAUCCGGGGGUUCAUUGACAAGAUCGCGGAGAAUGUGGAAGAGGUGAAGCGGAAGCACAGUGCCAUCCUUGCGUCCCCCAACCCCGACGAGAAAACCAAGGAGGAACUGGAGGAGCUCAUGUCUGACAUCAAGAAGACAGCCAACAAAGUGCGCUCCAAGCUAAAGAGUAUUGAGCAGAGCAUCGAGCAGGAGGAGGGGCUCAACAGAUCAUCAGCAGAUUUGAGAAUAAGGAAGACCCAGCAUUCCACCUUGUCCCGGAAGUUUGUGGAAGUGAUGUCAGAGUACAACGCCACCCAGUCUGACUACCGGGAGCGCUGCAAGGGCAGGAUCCAAAGGCAGCUAGAAAUAACUGGCAGAACCACCACCAGUGAGGAGCUGGAGGAUAUGUUGGAGAGUGGGAACCCUGCCAUUUUCUCCUCUGGGAUCAUCAUGGACUCCAACAUCACGAAGCAGGCGCUGAACGAGAUCGAGACUCGGCACAGUGAGAUCAUCAAGCUCGAGAACAGCAUCCGGGAGUUGCACGAUAUGUUCAUGGACAUGGCAAUGCUAGUGGAGAGCCAGGUCUGGGACUGAACGCCUUGGAAUGGGAAGUGGGAGAAUCUGCCCUCUUGCAAACCCCCAAUGAAGAUGUUUGUGAGUAGGCAGGAGGGAAAGGGGAGCAGCCGGAGGUCCCUGCCAGUGGCUUUGUUAAAACAACAGCAACCUAUGUGCGUCCUCCGCUGCGUAGGGCGAGAUGAUUGACCGCAUUGAAUACAACGUGGAGCACUCGGUGGACUACGUGGAGAGGGCCGUCUCGGACACCAAGAAAGCAGUCAAGUACCAGAGCAAAGCC